AUGGAUGAAUUUUCCAAAGGUAUUGUUUUUCCAUUAAAAGGUGAAAAUAUAGAAAAAGAAAAAAAAAUAGAAGUUGAAAAUCACAUUCAAAUAAAUUUUCAUCUACCUUGUGGUAACACAGAAGUUAUGUAUGAAAAAGCCAGUAUAGAAGUUGGUUAUUUAAAAUUAAUGUUAUCUAAAAAAUUACAAAAGCCAUAUAAUCAAAUUAAAUUAACUUAUAAUAAUAACGUUAUGCUUGAUCCUCUAUCAAUUAUAGACAUAAUUAAAGAAAAGUUCCAAUUCAUAGAUAUAGACGUUAAUUAUAUUGAUUGA